GUUCACUCUAGACUAAAACCAAGAAGACAAACCCAUAACUUACAUCUUAUCUAAAUAAUCUGUCAACUUAAACACUAACGAGCUUUCCAGAGCUGCUCAGAUGGGAUCAACAUUUUGCAGUUAUCUAGAGGACUAUGAAUGUUUUAACAUAGACUCCAAGCUUGAUCUUCCAGUCAGAUAGGAAUCAAUCUUUCCUUGUAAUUUUGAAAACGUGGAAGAAAAUUUUACCAAUGAUCAUUGUCUUUCUCAAAAAUAUAAGUGAUUCCAAUGUUUAAAUUUGAUACUUCAUAUUCCACUGUAGAAAAUUAAACUUGGGACUUCAAACUUGACUAAAUAUUUUAUCUGUCUCCUGUGAAGUAUAUUACUGGACAUGUAAAAUCUGAGGAGAACUGGAGUUCACUCUAGACUAAAGCUAAGAAGACAUGCCCAUAACUUACAUGUAAUCUAAAUAAUCUGUCAACGGUCCUAUACACUAAUGAGCUUUCCAGAGGUUCUCAGAUCAGACAAAAAAUUAACUGUUAUCCAGAGGACUAUGCAAAACACUCUAAAUUUGCCGUUGAAAUAUAUAUUGAAACAGACUGCAAUCUACCCAUUGGAGGAAGACAGUGAGUUCUUAAAGGCAAGUCAAAUCCAUAACUUGCAUCUUAUCUAAAUAACCUGUCAACUGAUCACUUGUGUAACAGCUACACAGAUACACAGUUGCUUUUCAGAUUGGAUAAAAUUUCUGCUGUUAUCUGGAUGGAAAAAUGUAGGAGCAACUACCAAGAAACAGUACAAUAUGUUACAUGUCUAAACUGAAUCCCAAGUUAAGAUUUUCUUCAAUGAAAUAUGAAGUACAAAAUAUCUACAUUGGGAUCACUUAAGUUUUUGGAGACAAACAAGGACCAUUGGUUAAUUGUUUCUGACUUACAUACAUAUUUACGAUCAAAUAAACAUAAGAAUGAUGAUGUCGUACUAAGUAAAGGCAAUCUUAAAAGGGAUCUUAAAAAAUAUGGAAAUGAUGGAGUACGAUUUCUAGAUGGAAAACUAAGUGUUCGUCUGAAGGAACUGUUGCAAUAUACGUUCUUCAAAUCCAAGCAAAUACACGCAUUCAAAUGUAUUCAGGAUGAAAUUGUCAGUGUUGUUUCAAACAUUUUAUUCAAUGAUACAAACAAGCCAGAUAGGACUGAGCAAAAUGUUGUAUCAAACAUUUUAUUCAAUGAUACAAACAAGCCAGAAAGGACUGAGCAAAAUGUUGAAUCAAACAUUUUAUUCAAUGAUACAAACAAGCCAGAUAGGACUGAGCAAAAUGUUGUAUCACACAUUUUAUUCAAUGAUACAAACAAGCCAGAUAGGACUGAGCAAAAUGUUGUAUCAAACAUUUUAUUCAACGAUACAAACAAGCCAGAUAGGACUGAGCAAAAUGUUGUUUCAAACAUUUUAUUCAAUGAUACGAACAAGCCAGAUAGGACUGAGCAAAAUGUUGUAUCAAACAUUUUAUUCAAUGAUACAAACAAGCCAGAUAGGACUGAGCAAAAUGUUGUAUCAAACAUUUUAUUCAAUGAUACGAACAAGCCAGAUAGGACUGAGCAAAAUGUUGUAUCACACAUUUUAUUCAAUGAUACAAACAAGCCAGAUAGGACUGAGCAAAAUGUUGUAUCACACAUUUUAUUCAAUGAUACAAACAAGCCAGAUAGGACUGAGCAAAAUGUUGUAUCACACAUUUUAUUCAAUGAUACAAACAAGCCAGAUAGGACUGAGCAAAAUGUUGUAUCAAACAUUUUAUUCAAUGAUACAAACAAGCCAGAUAGGACUGAGCAAAAUGUUGUAUCAAACAUUUUAUUCAAUGAUACGAACAAGCCAGAUAGGACUGAGCAAAAUGUUGUAUCAAACAUUUUAUUCAAUGAUACAAAAAAGCCAGAUAGGACUGAGCAAAAUGUUGUAUCACACAUUUUAUUCAAUGAUACAAACAAGCCAGAUAGGACUGAGCAAAAUGUUGUAUCAAACAUUUUAUUCAAUGAUACAAACAAGCCAGAUAGGACUGAGCAAAAUGUUGUAUCAAACAUUUUAUUCAAUGAUAUGAACAAGCCAGAUAGGACUGAGCAAAAUGUUGUAUCAAACAUUUUAUUCAAUGAUACAAAAAAGCCAGAUAGGACUGAGCAAAAUGAUCAUACUGUCCUGUCCCUUUAUCGAAAUAUUGCUACAGGCCCGUGUGAUUUGAAUCCUUCAUUGGAUAAAAAAACUCUGCCUGAUGAAAUUAUAACAUUAGAUAUUCAACACAGGGCAAAAUUUUCUUCAGUUGAGUGGAAUUUGAUAAAAUUGUUUGAAUGGCAUUUCGGGAGAUCGUAUUCAUUUGAAAAUUAUUCAUUCGAACCAGUCUCAUAUGAUGAAAUGACAUCAAUGAAGUGGAAAUUCUGGAUUGAAUUAUCAAAAACAAAACAAUUGUCAAACAAUAUUCAAUUGGAAUCAUCAAAUCUUUAUUUUGGAGAAGCCAGAGAAAGGAACAAUACGCACAGUAAUGAACACAGUUCUGUAUUUGCAAGGAAUGCGGCAAUGCCAAUAACACUGGAUGAGAAGUGUGACUCUUGUGAAAGGAACAUAAAUGUGAGUCUACUUCACUGGAAUUCCUUUAAUACAAAGGAAUGACAUCUGGAUAUCCUCUACAAACCCAAAUAUUAUCCCAUACGAAUGAUGUUCAGUUGGGAUAUAGUGAAGCCCUCCAUCCGUCCAUCCAUCAGUCUGGCCAUCUAGCAUGACUCAAACACCAAUAUACAGAUUUUCUUCAUAUUUGGGGAAAAUAUGUUAAUGAUAAGUCCUUAUACAAAUUUUUUUCAAAAUUGCUUGGAAAAAUCUAAGGUGUUCGUUUCAAAUUAAUGUAAUGGGUAUUGUUGUGUGAAUUUUUGCUAGCUGUAAAUUGGAA